AUGAAGGACGAGGUGGCACUUCUGGCUACUGUCACCCUCCUGGGAGUCCUGCUGCAAGCCUACUUCUCCCUGCAGGUGAUAUCGGCGCGCCGGGCCUUCCGAGUGUCGCCGCCGCUUACCACCGGCCCACCCGAGUUCGAGCGCGUCUAUCGAGCCCAGGUGAACUGCAGCGAAUACUUUCCACUGUUCCUUGCCACGCUCUGGGUCGCCGGCGUCUUUUUUCACGAAGGAGCAGCGGCUCUAUGCGGCCUUGUCUACCUGUUCGCGCGCCUCCGCUACUUCCAGGGCUACGCGCGCUCGGCUCAGCUCAGGCUAGCUCCGCUCUACGCGAGCGCGCGCGCGCUCUGGCUGCUUGUGGCGCUGGCGGCGCUCGGCCUGCUUUACCACUUCCUCCCGGACGCGUUGCGCGCCGCGCUCCUGGGACGGCUGAGGACUUUGCUACCGGGGGCCUGA